GCUUCGGUCAAUUGUCUCCUGUGUGAGGACAAAGGUCCCACUCAUUGUGUUGGUUCGAUGAGUAUCUAUCUGCUCAGGCGUGAUGAAAAAUCCAGCCACCAUCCAGGGAUUCAUCCACGCCAUUAUUCUGCGGUUAGAUGUUGAGGGAGACAAACUUACACAGGAGGCACUGAAACUAUCCACCAGCAGCACAGCCUGGGAAUUACUGGGAAGACUGCAAUUUCUGUAGAGAGUAAUAUACAUACAUAUUUUGAUAAUUCACAAGUUAUCGACUAGAUUCAAUUACUUUUCCAGCUGAAGAUUUUUUGGAAUGACAGUAAAUGUGAGAGUUGCAGACUUUGUAGUUAGUUUAAGCUACUAAACUGUGGUCUUGUAGAGAACGUGGAAAAAGAGCCAGAGACAAAGCAGCAGAGCAAAAAACAUUAUCCUGCGUCAGGAGGGCAUCGGCAGCUUGGGAACCAGGGAAGAGACACAUUAUGGACAAGUUCUUCAAACCCGUUCACAGCCCUUCUUCAGAUCAGACUAAAAAACAGAGGAACCCCCACCACCAUCCUCAUCAUCACCACCAAGACACCCAUUCACAGAGGUAUACAAAGCUCGAUGACAAUGUUAGAAACUCAGAUGAUAGCAGAGGGCCCCACCGCCGCCGCCAGCACAGUGAAAUUCUCUACGACAGCCCCCAUCAUGACGCCCAGUAUCUGUACCAGCAAGAUAACGAGAAGCUUUACGACCACCACACUUCUGUAACCCUCUCCAGGGCCUCCUCCUCUUCUCUCUCCUCCACCUCGUCCUCCUCCUCCACUUCUUGGUUCACAGAGACCAGCGCCAACGAUCCCUUCUACCUUCAGCACGCCGAGCGGCCGCAGCACUCCCUGUCCUGCUCCAACAUCUCUGAGGUGCGCAGAGGUUUCAGGGAGGACGACGGCAGCGAACCCAUCGUCUUUGCCACCGUCAAACACAGCAAAAAGGGAAAUGUCGUCAGCAGCUCGCACCAAAGCAGAGGCAAUGAUUUGUACGACCUCAACAGAGGUCACAGUCGGAGUGAGGAAGGGUUGCUGCAGUGCAACGAAAGUGAUGGUGGUAGAGGACGGCCCAAAGCGUCAAAAAUCGACCACGGGCCUUUGUAUAAGACAACCAGUCUAAACCGUAGCUUGGCUUUCAGUGAGGAGAACAUCGUUUUGGGGGUCCCUAGGGGUCCUAAGAGAGCAGUCUCUUCAAGCCAGUUACCCAGCAAAGGGAUACUCAAAAACAAGGAGAACAACAAUGACAUUCGCAAGGCUAAGUCAAUGGAGGUGCUUUCUCCAAGAGUCAAGACGGGAGAAGGUCAGAGUGGGGUGAAGGGGAAAGGGAUCACUGAAGCUGAGAUACAGCGAGCCCGGGCCACCUUUGUGGAGGGAAAGUUGCAGUUUUCAGCUUUUCUAGACGAGAUCACGAAACAGGUCAUGAGUCCUUCCCAGCUCUCCAUUUUUGGCGUGAGCCCCAACAAAACCACAGAGAAGACCUUUGAACCAGUCCCCAAACCUGAGCCGGUCAAGCCUGAGCUUCCACCCAAGAAGCACAGAGCCGGGAGACGGAGUGACACGGAGCUGCCGGUGAAGAAGCUCAGCAGACAGGUGAAACCCCCCAUCGGCUCUCGCAAACAUUCAGACUGCUCCGAUUCGGACAAGCUGACAACGUAUGCAGGAAGAAGGCACCAAGGCAGCCCCCCGCCUAGUCACUUCCCGCCAUCCGCCAGCCACGGACGUAAAGACCGGAGGCCGUCUCCAACUGGAGACUCGAUGUCGGGGGACAGAUACAGCAGAUAUGGUCCUCCCCAUACAGAUGGAACCAGUACUAGUCCUGAACCGAACCAACCCAAACAGCGCCACCACCGCAGACAGCACCCCGACACUUUUAAAAACCAAAACCCAUACAUCCAAAACUUUACUGUGCAGACGCACCAUGAGGGUGAGCACAGACGGCCGAGCAACUCCCCUCCGUCUUCGUCCCAGGCUGCAGGACAAGGGUUCGGCUCCGAGUCCUCGUCCACAAAGUCCGACUCGUCCAGGGGUCGAGACACGGCCUCCACGGCUACCAGUCACAGCUCAGAGCAGAGCGCCCGGCACCAGUCACAGCACAUGGGGAUCUCUCAAACGCACAGGAACAUGGUGUGUGAUCCGGACCACCUUCAGGCGCUGCAGGAGGAGAAUGCAGAUCUCCACCAGAACCUGCUGCAGACGGUGGUUUGCAUUGAGAGCCUGGAGGCAGAGCUGCAGAGGACCAGGGACGAGCUCAGUCACGUUAAGGAGAAAUAUAAGAGCCUCCUGCAGACACACAGUGGGACAAAACAGGCGAAUAACCUGCUGGGAGAGCACCUUCACAAAGCGUCGGAGAGCCUGAGCAGUGAGAGGAAAUAUCUGCAGAAUCGAGUUUCCCAGCUGGGCUCAGAGCUGGAUGACGCCCACAGGACCAUAGCAGCUCUGGAGAACAUUAAUGUACCGGUUUUGGUGAAGGAACUUCUGGGGAAGUAUUUUGGUUCGGCCGAAGCCGUACAAAAGUUCCUCACAACCUCUUUUCCAACCAGCCAAUCCCAGCAGACAGAUGGCCAAUCUAGCCAUCCUAAAGCAGAGGAAGCAGCCCGGGGCUGGCUGAGCGAGUCAGAGGAAGGGCCGCAGAGGGCGACGGCCUUUCUGCCGAUUAAACAAGCUCUCACACCAGCUAAAAACGAGGGCCAGCAUGAGUCCACUCACAGCCCGUCCUUCUCUCUGGCCGACGUCGGAGCUGCUUCCUAUAAAACCGCAGCUCCUGGUUAUCCUGCCAGACCCCAGCCGGUGUACCCACAAACCCAGCAGCAGCUGCCGCGGAGCGCUGCCCACGCCGAGGCCACUCCAGACCCCCAGCACGCCCACGCAGCGGGUGACAGGUGGGAAGGAAGAGGGGGCUUAAAGGUGCUGCUCUUUGAGCAGGAUGCAGAGAACGUGAACUCCAUGCUGGCCCAGCAGAUCCUGGAUGAUUUCAUGCAUCAGCUGCAGGCACACAAGGAGGCCGGGGGAGGGAAGGAGCAGCAGAGUGGGCAGGAGUGGACGAACGGAGUGGAGCAGGCAGGGAAAGUGGCAGACUGAGAAUGCCACCCGAGGACAUCUGAGUUGGUUAAUCUGUGUCCUGAUUACCCGUCAGCGGUGGACGUUCUUUAAGCUGCCGCGGCUGAAAAAUGCCAGAGCGUGUAGAUUUAUUUCACUAAGACAUCAUCUGUGUGUAAGUUUUCGUAUAGCUGAAUAAAACGUGCGGUAUAAGGGUUUAAACCUUAAAACCGCUACAGUGAGAAGUUCAGAGAAGGUUCUGCAAACAGGAAGAAGAUGCCACUAUGUCAUCUGAAAAGUGUCAUGAAUAAAAUAAGCAGCAGACUAGA